ACAGACUUCUAUUUCCAGAUUGGAGUGUGAGGGAUUUUGUGCCUGGUACCACCAAAUUUGAAACCCAACUCUCAAAAACAAAGAACCUCAGCACCUUCAAGCAACCAGAGGCUUGGGAACAAAUUCUUCCAUGGGAACCGGCAAAAGCGGAAAGCCUAGAAGGCAAAAGUCUCCUCGGGUCCACCCGGGUGCUUGGGGGCAGGUGACAGAGGGACAGUUUCCUAGGCGCUGGUUUGACAGUUUCAUCCCCGCCCACUGGCAAGAGAGCUCCUAGGGCCGCUGCACAGGCGCGCAGAGGGGGCCAUAAAAGCUGCAGCAGCGCAGAGACGCGGAGCUCGCCCACCCCCGGCGGAGCCGCGACCCACCAUGCACGUGAACGGCAAAGUGGCCCUGGUGACCGGUGCAGCGCAGGGCAUAGGCAGAGCCUUUGCCGAGGCUCUGCUACACCAUGGCGCCAAGGUAGCCUUGGUGGAUUUGAAUCUCGAGGCAGGUGUAAAGUGUAAAGCUGCCCUGGAUGAGCAGUUCGAACCUCAGAAGACUCUGUUCGUCCAGUGUGAUGUGGCUGACCAGGAACAGCUGAGAGAUACUUUUAGAAAAGUCGUAGACCAUUUUGGAAGAUUGGAUAUUUUGGUCAAUAAUGCAGGAGUGAACAAUGAGAAAAACUGGGAACAGACUCUGCAAAUCAAUUUGGUUUCUGUUAUCAGUGGGACCUACCUUGCUUUGGAUUACAUGAGUAAACAAAAUGGAGGAGAAGGUGGCGUCAUCAUCAACAUGUCUUCACUAGCAGGACUUAUGCCUGUUGCUCAACAACCUGUUUAUUGUGCCUCCAAGCACGGCAUAAUCGGAUUCACACGCUCGGCAGCGAUGGCUGCCAACCUUAUGAAGAGCGGAGUAAGACUGAAUGCUAUUUGUCCAGGCUUUGUCAACACACCCAUCCUUGAGUCCAUUGAAAAAGAAGAAAACAUGGGCCAGUAUAUAGAGUAUAAGGAUCAGAUCAAGGCGAUGAUGAAAUUCUAUGGAAUCCUGGACCCAUCAAUCAUCGCCAAUGGAUUAAUGACACUCAUUGAAGAUGACGCUCUCAAUGGUGCCAUCAUGAAGAUCACAGCAUCUAAAGGAAUUCAUUUUCAAGAUUAUGACAUCACUCCAUCUUUUGUUAAAGCUCCAUGAACAUCUUAAGCAUUGGCCAUCACUGAAAUUAAGCACAAGGGACUCACUCAGACUGCAUCUUUACUAAUAUAGCUUUUAAAAUGAAAUGCUGUAGUAUGAAACCUACCUGUCUGUGUCUGAUGUUAAUAUUUUUCUAAAUGAUUAGUUAAAUGUAUAGAUAAAGAUGUACAAUAAGCUAGCAAAAAUAUAGCGCAAGCCAAAACUGGGUUAUAACUACAUAAUCUAAGGGCAAAGCACAGGAUAUUCAAGAGAUAUUCUGCCUUUCAGAAAACAUAUUUAUCACUGUGGCUCAUAAAUAUUAAUGGUUUUCAGAGGGGAGAUACUUGAAUUGUUAUUUAAAUAAAAACAGAUCUUAAAUGAUUCACUUUAUAUGUUUGCAUUUCAAGAGGGGGAGGCUACUUUGCAAUAGAAAUACUUAGUAAUAACAGCUUGUACAUGAUCUACAAGCUAAACAUUUCAACUCUUUGAAAAUAUGGUAUGUGUGCGGGUCAGUAGUUAGGGAAUGAAUUCCAGUGGGACCAUGUCCGAAUAAAAUAUCUGAUGUAUGGGAAAAUGAUAUUUUUACUUACACUGACGAUUCACACUUCAGCCUCAAACCAAGGAAGAUGGUUUUUGUUUUCCUUCCUAAUUUUAGAAAUUUAAUAGAUUCCAUAAACCUCAGGAAUGAAACUUUCAACAACAGUUAUAGCAAUAAAGGAGGAAAUUGUAAAGUUUUAUAUGUACUGUAUAUGCUUAUUAAGAAAUGAUUCAAAUGUAUUUUUAUUGAUUAUUUCUUUGUUGGUUUGUACUAAUUUCAAAAGUGCCUAUCUUUCAAUAAAACUCUUUUAUUCUAAUUCACAUAAA